AUGGCCGAUCGCAUGGACGAAAAGCUCUUGAUCUCAUCACCUUCCAGCAAAACUAAUAGCUCGGGAAUGGAAAACUUUCGCACUGAAGAGGUUCGAGGCUAUCUAUUUAAAAAGACGCGUGAGGGCAAGUGGCAAAAGCGGUGGUUUGAGACAAAUGGAUGCUUUCUUACGUACUACAAGAAACAAGGGCAAAAGUUGCUAGCAGCUUUAAACUUACCUCAAGUUGGUGCCAUUACGUUACUUCAGGAAGAUCAUGUUGAUGGACCCGGUCUCUUUACUAUUGAGCUUAACGAGCGCGUAUAUACCAUCAAGUCUCGUUCUCAUGAUGAGGCUGCGUUUUGGGUAGAUGCACUGUUAUGGCGUCAAGCUGGAGGUCUUGUGACACAGAAAUCUCCUGAGAUUAAGCAGAAAGCAGGCAACACCUCAGCUGUAUCGACUGAUCAGGUUAAUGCUUCAUUGACAAGUUCUCCUAACCAUCGUGAUGAUUUGGGGACUAUUAAUCCGGACGACGUGGGCAAAGAUGGUGCUCCUUGUGCUGCUUGCUGUGUCGUUCAAUAG